AUGUGGGCAGUCUCCCGGAGGGUGCUGAGGCUCCCACAGGCUCUGGGCCAAUGUGCUGUGCGGCAGAUUGGUCAGAGCCAGGCCGUGCCCUACCAGCCGAUUACGCUGAGCCCCACAAUGCUUCGAAAGGCCACACGGACGCUCCUGAAUGACAUCGACCUCAUUGUCUACGACAUGGCUGGCACAACUGUCCAGGAAGGUGGCAUCGUCUACAAGACGCUUCAGUCGGCUAUGCGGGAAGAUGGCCUGCAAGUGUCGGACGAGGAGAUGCAUCCUUGGCAUGGUGCCAAGAAAGAGGCCGUGAUUGAGCACUUCGCCCUGAAGGCUGGCACACCGCCAGCGGAUAUUGCCGAGCGCGUUACGCGCGUAGGCGAAUGGUUCGUGAAUGCCAUUGACGAAGCUUACUUCAACGAAGCUUCUGCCAUUGACCACAUUGACAUUGGGCUGCUGGGCUAUUUCAGGCAACUGAAGGAUGCGGGCAUCAAGAUCGCUUUUGAUACUGGAUAUCCGGAAAACAUCCAGAAGGGUCUCAUCAAGCGGCUUGGCUUCGAUAAGGUCGCCGACGCCUACAUAUCCUCCUACCAGGUGGCUGAGGGUCGACCAUAUCCCUACAUGAUCCAUCACCUCAUGGAGCAGACAAAGGUGAUGAAUGUCAAGCGGGUCUGCAAGGUGGGUGAUUCUGUUCGAGACAUUGAGGAGGGUCGAAACGCUGGCUGCGGCCUCGUGGUCGGCGUGCUUAGCGGCGCAGAUGAUUUCGAUGAACUGAUGAAGGCGGGAGCACAUGUUGUCUGUGAGCGCGUCACGGACCUUCCUGUGCCCCGUCGCCACGUCGCUCCCGAUGAACGGCGACUGCCGGAUCUGAGCUGA